AUGCGUUUCGCCACCAUCGCCGCCAUCUUUGCCGCCGGCGCCCUCGCCGCGCCUGCUUCUCAGGGCCAGGCCACUCCGGGAGAGAACAUCACCGUCAGCGACUUCUCGGUGCGCAAGAAGGUCGACAACACCCCGACCAAGGUCGACUUCAAGAUCAACGGCGGCGCCGCCUCCAACCUGACCUGCAGCCUCGAGAACCCUGCGCUGCCCACGUCGGCCAUCGCCAAGUGCGGCGACAACAGCGCCUACUCCUUCGCCCUCGUCAAGGGCAACGCCACCGACUACGGCGCCCGCCUGUACAAGACCCUCGGCCCCGGCGUCGGCCUGUACGGCGAGGGUGACGUCUUCACCGUCUGCCACACCGGCGGCCUCGGCGACCUACUGUGCAACCAGGUGGCCCCUGCCACUAUUGUCAUUGACAGCAACGCUUAG